AUGACGUCAUCGAAUCGAACGUUGGCCUCUGACCCCUUAUCAGCCCUGGUCUCCUCUCUCUCUCUCUCUCUCUCUCUCUCAUCUGCCAAACAAGCCCACAACUUUCAAGCUACUCUUGAAAUAGGAGAGAGAGAGAGAGAGAGAGAGAGAGAGAAGUGGAGAGAGAAAGCUUUAGGAAGAGUCUUCCAUGGCAUUUAAGGUAAACUGGGGAAGAAGCAGAGAGGAGGAAGGGAGAGAGGGAAGUGGAGUAGAAAAAGAGGGCCUACUUGUCCCGGAGGAGCGCGUCCUCUCCCUAGUAGCUGUAGUUCUUGACGUACAUCCCCUCCUUGGAUUCGUCGGACUCGCCUUCACCGGUGUACUUCCCGAGCUGGGCGAGGGAGUUGGCCUUGGCCCGCAGCAGGAGGGCGUCCUGCGCCGCCUUCACGUUCUCCGGGAGGCCUCCCCAGGUCUUCAGGCAAGUGUUCUGGAGUGCCCUCGCGUAGGAGAAGGAGACGUGCCAUGGGUUGGGGGCCUGGUUCAUGGCGUUGAGGUUCAGCGUGGCCUCGACCUCCGAUUGCCCGCCGGAGAGGAACUGAGACACGAGGAAAGGAGGAAUUUCGUCAGACCAGGGUGAUUGAUUAGGGUUUCGCGGCCUGGUCUUCGGGGUGGAUGGAGAGCUUGCCAUGAUGCCGGGGACGGCCGGGGGGAUCCUGCGGCGGAGGAGCUUGAGGGUGUAGUCGGCGACCUGCUGGGGGGUGGCCCUGUCCUUGCACUCUGCUCCCGGGGUAACCAUGCUGGGCUUGAGGAGGAUGCCCUCGAAAAAUACGUUGUUCUCUGCCAGGUAGAAGAAGACUUCCGCCCACACCUUCUGGGCCACCUCGAAGGUCCUCUCGAUCCCGUGGUCGCCGUCGAGGAGGAUCUCCGGCUCCACGAUCGGGACCAGCCCGUUGUCCUGUUCGCAGAAUCACCAGUAGGAGAUGCUCAAUCUCACAGCGAGGACGGAGGAGACGUCCCUCAUCUGCGAGGCAACGGGGAUUAGGGUUCCUCACCUGCGAGAUGGCGGCGUAGCGCGCGAGGCCCCAGGCGGCUUCCUUCACCGCGAGGGCAGAAGGACCAUUUGGAAUGCUCACGACCGUGCGCCUGGUGACAUUCGCAGGGGAGAGUUCAGAGCAGACCAGGAAGAGGACGGACUGA